ACCAAGUCGUUUACGUCACCCAAACGACACUAAUUGAGUCUCAUAGAAACGUCGUUUUGGGAAAGAAAAAAAAAAUACAAGUCGAGUGAAAAAAAAUUGAAAAAUCGGAACAAUGGAAGAAGAUUUGGAUUUUGAGAAGAAGGUUUCGAUAAACGAUACAAUGGAAGAAGUUAUUGAUUCAACGAAAAUCGUUGUUUUGCUUCGCGAUUUUCUCGAAAUUCAACAACGCAGAGCCCAAGCAUAUUCCAAACUCAAAAGUGGAUUUUCUGACUACAUGACUUCUGGAGGGGAAUUGGCUUACCAGAAGCUUUGCAGUGAAAUCACAAUAGAGUUCAAUGUUUGCUCAAAAAAAGUCCUUGAAAUGGAGUCACUUUUUCAGAGCCCUGACUAUAGCCGUGUUGAUCUAGCACAAAUCCUUAGAGCUGUUCAAGACCAGGAAAAGCAGAAACUGCAUCUGACAGCUACCAUUCAGCUGCUAAAGAAAGCCGGUCCGCCAUCUGAACGACUGGUGAGCCAUGAAAAUUGCAAAUUUACGAAGCCAACAGAGCAUGAGUGUGUUAAUGUUAAGGAGAUCACCGAAGCUUCAGGGACUGAAGAAGCAGAAGCAGAUGCCGAGUAUGAUAACGCUCUCAAUGAAGCUAUUAGAAGUGUCCAGGAUGCUGUCAUGGCCAUCAAUGAACAUCUAGAAGAAGUCAGAUAUGAGAUUGCAGCACUUGAAGCAGAGUGAUAUUUUGCUGAUUCAUUACUAAAAUGCUUAGUGCUAACAAAUAUUGGCAUGUGUCUACAACCAGUGAAAUGUGUACAUAGGCACCCUAAAAUGCAGUUCGUGAAUUUUGUUUUGACACAUGCAGUAUAUUUUUAAAUGGUCAAAAAAAUAUCAAGAAAAUUUAUUUAAAUGUGUUUUUAAACUUUGUUACUUGAUGCAAAUGGAUGGUUAUUUGGAUUAGUACUC